UUCAGUCUGCCACGGGAAAAACAAACGAAAUGAAAAGUUUAUAGUAGGGGAGGGGAGGGACCUUCCCGGGAGGAAAAGUUCCGACGAGACGAUUUUUCCCCCCUCUUUGUUCUUCCACCUCUUCCUUCUCGCGCUCGUGACGGGAAUUAAACGAGCGUUUUUAUUUCGUCGCCGGGAUUAACAAUCAGUUUGCGAAGCGGUACGAAGCGUAGAAGCCAGUCGGGAGUCGCGAUUCUCGCGGAAAGGGAGAUUCCGACGCAGUUUCCGUCGAACGAAAAGCGAACGCCCUUCCUCGCGCUUAUCCCGUCGUCGCGGAGGAACGAUCUUCGCGUGAAAACCUUUCGAACGAAGCGUUUCGUUCCGACGAGAAACUGGAUAAAAAUCGUGGGAGGUUGAUUGGCGCGCGGGAGCGUUGAAAGUGACGCGAAUCAAAGUGAUAAUCCAUUCACGGCUUAUCCAAGAACAGGCUUAUCGGUUUUCAAUUUACACCGAUGUGCCUCGAUACUUUGCCUCGAGGAAUAUUCGAUCGACAGUCACGCCGGUGAUACACCUCGAUAUACCUUCACGUCCGUCCCAUAAAACACCUCCUCCUCCCUCUUCUCCUAUCCAUCCUCGAAAAUUCCUUCUCUCUCUCUCUCUCUCUCUCUCUUCUCGUUUCCAAGCUUUUAUCGAACCUUAUACGCACCAACAUUUUUGUUACACACCGACCGAAUCAUCGUCGAGCUCUCCUUCCCCCUUUCACCUCCACGAUUCGAGAUUUCGAGAAUUGGAGAAUACGAAACAAUAUCAAUGCGCGCAGAGGUGACGGAGUAGCCGUUAGGAAACUGGUGGUGAUCGAGGGAGGCCUCGACGAACCCUUAGCGAUCAAGCGCAGCCCGUCCGCGUGGUUGAAUCGGGGCACCGAUAUACGUCGCUCGUAGCCGCCACGUUCGGUCACGCGCCGGAUGAGAUCCCGAGCCGAGCGGUGGAGCGGGCGGCAACGUUGGUGGAGCGGGUGUGCGAGCGCGAGCGAGACGAGGCGAACAGGGAACGAGGCGGGUGGGACGCGCUCCGCCUCUGUGAAAAACUCGCGCGUGGCCCGCGCGUGCAAGGGCGCGGGGGCGCGGGACGACGAGGAGCGUGGUCGGAGGAGACGGGCCGGAUCCACGGUGGAAGAAGCUGGGAGGAACGUUAAAUGAAUGUUGUUGCAAGGGGCGGGUGUGAUCGUGAGUGUGGAAACGGUGCACGGCCGAUUUCAAUUCAUAAAUGCGCCAGAGGAGGAGCCCACAAUGGUGGCUCGGCUCCCGCAACAAGUUCUACUGCUGCUCGUACUCGUGACUGGGGCGGCCGCGGAAGCCACGCGCGAGGAGGAGUCACUGUGGGACGCGCACGAGGCGAGGAAGGGAGGCCGAACGACCUUUGCAUGGUCCUCCACCACGGAGGAAAGCACAACCGGGGAAACGAAAUCCAUGGGAAAGUUUGACCGGACGACAACUUCCAGCCACGCGGAUACCUCCGAUUCCCAGGAAACAGGGACGCAGGGGUUGACAAAGGCAAACGCCACCGCGAGCCCCGACAGGGAGGAAGGGGAGGAGAGGAUAGAAAUGCGGGGGAACGCGGGGACCACGUUGGCAACGUUGAGGGAGAACGACACGGGGAAGGUGAAGACGUCGAAUGGUCGAUACUCGACCGUGGCUUCGAACAGCGUGGACGAGACAGGGCGAAGGAUAAAUCCGCCCGGCAGCGAGACGUUCGUCCAGACGACGGCGAGACGACCGAGCUUCGACAAGAGCGUCGUUUUCACCAGAAAUUUCGACAACAUAGUGGCGACGAAGAAAACCAAGUUAUCCAAGAAUCCUUGGAAAAAUCAGAGGAACGCCGAUACGAAACCGUACAACGUGAACGACGUUAUACGCCGGCAAAUGAGGCACGUGCCGGACGUGUGCGACAAAUUCACCGUCGGCGACGAGUCGAAACGGGAAUUUUACAGCCCCAACUACCCGGACAACUACCCCAACCUUACCGACUGCACCAAGGUAUUGAAAGCCGAGAAAGGGAUGCUGCUGAGGCUCGACUUUCGGGACGAGUUCAAGCUCGAGGAUAGUACCGACUGCCGUUACGAUUAUCUCGAGGUACGUGACGGCCAGCACGGGUACGCCAAUCUCCUCGGCAACUUCUGCGGCACGAAUUUCCCCCCCGAGAUCACGUCCAAGACGAGGUAUCUUUGGCUACGAUUCCACAGUGACGAGAGCAUCGAGGGAAAGGGGUUCAGGGCCGUUUGGAGUAUGAUACCAAGGCAAACCAAUAUACAGGCGGGAGUGCCACCAGAGCUGGAGGAUUGCGUAAGGGACGUGAGCGGCGUGCAAGCGAUCAUUAGCAGCGAGGACGUGAUAGAGAGGAAGAUGCUAUGCGAGAAGGAAGGCAUCCCUCUCGAUUGCUUGUGGAACAUCACGGUCAAAGAAGGAUGGAAGAUUCAGCUGACGUUCUCGGAUCCCUUCAAACUGCAACGACCGAACGAGUGCGACGCCAACUUCGUGGACGUGUUCAAAGAACGCACUGACAUGUCCUCGAGAGAGAAGAAUUUCUGCGGAAGUAUCGCCGACACCGUCCUCAUCGGGGCCAAUAUCGCCUUUGUCAGGUUUUACACGGAGCCUAAAGCGUUGAACAGCAGCUUCGAGGCCGUGAUGACAGCGCUCAGGGACAGAGAUUCCGGAGACAAACCUUGCCUCGAUAACGAAUUCUACUGCGAGGACGCGACUUGCAUCGCCGCGGAAUUGCAAUGCAACGGCAGGGUGAAUUGCCGCUUCCGAUGGGACGAAGAGGAUCAAUCUUGCAACAAGAAGAAAUCGCGGCUGAUCGAUUCCCAGCAUAUCGUUAUAAUCCUGAUCGUUUUCUCGUUGAUCAUGUUCGGCAUGAGUUUCGCCUUCGUUUUCAACUGCGUGCGGAAAUUGAUCCGGGACCAUCGAAUCAUCCAAGAGCACAUCAGACAGUCGAGAGAAAAUCGAUUGGACGAACUCGGCCGUAAGGCAACACCCUGCCCGAUCUCGUCCUCGAGAACAGACAUCAGGGAUCGAGUGAGCGACUCGCCGAGUCUGGAAGUGAUCCCGAGCAAGGAACUUUUGCCGCCCACUACUUUAAUAGCGCAAGAUUACACGAAAGAUCUCGUACUUGAAAUGGCGUACAAUACGAGAGAUAUGCACGACAUACACCAGAGCAACAACGUGAGCAACGCGACGCAGGAACGUUUGCAAGAAUCGAGCGACGAGCCAGAGAUGCGAGACAAUUCUUGUCAGACGCGAGAAAGCCUCUUCGAGACGCGAAUCCCCGACAACGUGAUGGGAUUCACGACAUUCGGUGUCCGCGGACCUAGCUCGCAAAACGGGACCAAUCAUCUUCACUAUCACCGUCAUCAUCAUCUUCAUCACCAAAGCCCGCCGCAAUCGCGUCAAAGCUCUCAGCCUUCCCAGCAAUCUUCCGAGCACAGCUCUCAACAGCAAUGCUCGGGUUGUAGCCCAGCAUCGAGGGGUCGGGACGGCAGCAUGGGUAUUUGUCCGAAACACAACCCAAUCCCCGCACCGCCUGGCUGGUCUACCCACGAGUCCGGCGGUUAUUCAUUGCCUCCGCAUCAAGGAUCCGUUUAUCCCGAACCUCCGGAUUACCCGUCGUACCAGAGGUUUCAAAGCCCGAAACCAAGUAGGGAAAACAGCGUCUAUCGUCAAUCGCCGAAAUUAUUGAGGCAAGGAACGAUCGGGUCGGGGGAGAGGUACGGCAGUUCUAUCUACGGAUCCGGGCAUGGAUCUAGUAACGCGUCGAGCACUCAACACACCGGUACGCCGAAAUGCCCCGAGCAAACGACACCCGAUCCUAGGUACAGAGCGGAGGCGGUGAUAGAGGUGGAUCAGAGGCGACCUUUCAGCAUAGAGAGCACAAAGAGCGCGCCGGAUGUGAUCGCAACGCACUGACGCCGGGGUCCUGGGGAUUGGGAGCCCUACAAGAGACGCCAUCCCCGUCAAACUGUCACUGAUACUCAGUUGCCCGGUAGGAAUGACGGAAGCAAGGUCACUGUAGCCACCCAAAGCUCCUUGGACGACGACGCUUCGACCAGUUCCACGAUGGAGGCCAACUCGUCCUCCUGAUCCACGCAUAUUGGCGCGAUCGAUCGGCCUGAUCAACUGGAGCGUGCAGAUACGGACGGUAUUAGUUCGUCCUUAGACAAAUCUACUCAGCACGUAAUUCAGGAUUCCGAGACAUCGAGAUUGUACGCAGGGGCGCAAAGUGAUCUUCCGUUAGCGAGAUCGGUGGAAAUCGACGGAACAAAAGAACCAAAGACUUGUUUGGGCAGUACCAUUGGUGAAAUAAGCGAUGUAUCCGUUUCGGAAUCUAUCGGGAGAAAUACGGGAACAUUUCGAAGUGAUAUCGAGAUCGUACAGUCAAUUGGACGCGAUUCGAUGCGGUCAAAAGAGAAUUUUCCAGUUUCGAAGGUAUCGUCGGUCCGACUGGCUUUAAAAUUGAACGAUCUCCCGAUUCUGAGGCCCCCGGAGGCCUUCAGGGCUCCAAUCUUCCGCUGCAAAACGCCGACCCUAGCGUGGCAGCAUUGCGAUUGCCCAUCGCAUUCCCACUUGCCACCGCGAAGAUCCUCCGUGAUCUGGAGUGCCUUGAAACACUACAGUCAGGAGCCCUUCUAUAGAACUUGGCCUAACAGAACCGCCAGAAGGUUCAUUCGACCAUCGAGGAGGACCGUGGGCACUCAAAGUUCAUUGGAUGGCUCGCGAUCGUCCCUUAGCGCUAUUCGUUGCGUGGUCAGAUCGAUCGAUAUGACCGAAAGUUCGAUGGAUCUCGAGAUAGGCGCCACGAUACCUUUCUAGUGUUUAUUUUUCAUCCGAGAGGAUUUUCUUCCUGUGUUGAAUCGAUUGGAUUACGGACCAAAGAGUUUUCAAACGAGAACGCAAUACUAUCUCUAUUAUUGUUGAUGUUACGAUACAGAACGCUUAGAAUCGUUUCUUGUUAUUCGGAACGCUAUUUUGCUAAUCAGUGUGUUAGAUUGCGAAUUAUGGUUAUAAUUACACGGCUUUCGCUAUUGCUAUAUCUGUAUAUUCUUUUUAACGCAAACAACACGUAUCAUAUCGCGUCGAAAACAUAUUAGCGAAAUAUACGUCGCGUCCUUUGUUUUUCACGAACAUUCGUUUCCCGCCAUUUUGUAUAUUCGCAAUAUCUUAACGGUCGUUAAUCAAAGAGAAGGACUUACCAUAAUUUUCACUGCAUUCUCUUCAAUUACACGAUACGUUGAUACGUUGAUACGUUGAACAACUAAAAUACACUUUGCAAAAUACAAUUUGUGAUCUAACACUCGUAUUUGUUGAAUAAAUACAAUGAUUUUCGCGCGAAUAGAAUCGAGCCGAACAGAAUGUAAACAUAUCGAGACCGAGACACAUUUCGUACUGACGAUAGUUAUAUCUGGAUGUGUGCAGAUGGCGUUUCGCGGCGAUCAUCUAGUUUUAAUCGAAAUACUUUGAGGUGAUCACGUAGUGUUUACACAGUUGAGUAAAACUCGAAGUGAAGUGAUAGAAAAUUUAUUGUGAAAAGCUGCAAGCGGUUAUAAAAAGUUAUCUCGGGCAACGAGUAAGUAGAUUUCUGAUUAAAAUAUGUCAACUCGCCUAAUGAACAUUGAUAUGUUGAACAAGUUGAACAUAGCCUAACCCUUUUUUAUACACGGUAUCGAUUUCGCGAUUCGAAAAAACGUAUGGAUAUGAUACUACAAUAGGCAAACUAUUUUUUCACGGUAUUUCCACUAAUAGUCGAGCAUGAGGCAUAGUUAUUCGUAUCCGAUUGAAAAAAGAAUCGAAAGAAUGCAUUUAUGAAUCGAUAACGUGUUACAGCUCGAAUAUGUCCGAAACGAAUCGAUCGAUAUCGACUACAUCAAUCGUCGUGUUCCUUGAGCGAGUGAAAAAAAUUUGUUUGCCAAUUUUUGUAAAAAUUUCAAAAUGACGAAUAACCUAAUUCUCUAGUCUCAGGAUCAUUAAUUUCAGAAUCACGUUCUAAAGAAUUUAUCUUUGUACGAUAAUAUAUUCGACAUUUUUUUAGAAAAUGUAAUCGUGCACGCACGUUUCAUUGACAAUCGACUCGUUGCUUUCAGUUGUAUGCCAUUCGUCGAUCGAUCGAUUGAUUGAAAGAGAAAUACAGGCUUUCGUGAAAAAUUGGAAUUUCGAGAGAAGCGUGCACCAAACAUCUAGUAACAAGGUAAAUAAUUAAAUUAGUCAAUUAAAUAUUAAACAAUCGAGCGAGGAAGAGAAUAGGAUUAAUGUGAAACGAAAAUGAACGAAAGAGAUAGAACCAAAAGCGUGUUGACUGUAAACGUUGUAUGCAGAUAUAUUGUGAAGCUGUCAGGAAUUUAGCGAUUAGUAAUCGACAAAUUUUCGCUUCUGUACAGAUUACGUAUUAACGUUCAUCGUUUAGGACAGAAUGUACAGAGUGUACACAUUUGUAUAUAAACGACACAUGAUCGUCUGUCCAAAUGAUACGU